GGAAGUGUCGGUGGUUACGUCGUUGAGCUUUUCAGCGGCAGAUAAAGAGCGAAGCGGCGCGAUGAGUUCAGAGAAACUGAGAAAAGUGUGAGAUCAGAUUCUGCUGCUGGAAAGUGAAGAGAGGUUUUACUGAGCAGAUGGAAACUGAAGCAAUGUGAGGAGGAGGAGGAGGAGGAAGAGGAGGAAGAAGAAGAGGAGGAGGAGGAGGAGGAAGAGGAGGAGGAGGAAGAAGAAGAAGAGGAGGAGGAGGAGGAGGAGGAAGAUCUGUGUUGAUCCUGUGAGAAGUGAAGCCACUUCACUCAGGUGAGUUCACGGACCGAGGCCACGAGGUCAUGAUGCGUUCAGCAGACAAAGUGCAUGAUGGGAUCUUUCCGGCGUCCCAGGCCUCGGUUCAUGAGUUCGCCGGUUCUGUCGGACCUCGCCCGCUUCCACGCCAGCUCAUCAGCUCUACACAUCUCCAACACCAGCGUGUGGAACAGCGUCCAAUCAGCUGUGAUCAAGGUGUUCCAGGGCGGAGCUCUGCAGACGAACGAGCUGUACACGCUGAACGAGAGCAUCAGGUGGCUCCUGAAAACAGAGAUGGGCUCCUUCAUCACCGAAUACUUCCAGAACCAGCUGCUGACUCGGGGUCUGUCUGACGUCCUGGAUCAGAUCCUCCUCCACUCCGGUGACGAGCGUCUCGUCGCUCUGGGAAACGCGUGGGACAGAUUCUUCACAGAGACGCUCCCCACCCUGCAGGCCAUCUUCUACCCAGUCCAGGGUCAGGAGCUGACGGUCAGGCAGAUGGUUCUUCUGGCCUUCAGAGACCUGGUGCUGUUGAAGCUCCACCUGGAGGAAACGCUGGGAACUGCUGCCUCCAUCCCCCCACCUGUGACUCAGAUGCUGCUGGUGCUGCAGGGAAUCCAUGAGUCUGGUGCUCCCAGUCUGGAGUAUUACCAGCUGGAGCGUCUGGUGGAGGUCGUGGUGUGUCCGUACGUCAGCAAUGUGCUGCACAACACCAACCACCUGCUGUUAGAGUCCCGUCACCUGCGGUUGUCGGGGUCGUUGCUAGGCGACCAGCCAGAGAUCACCAUCUCUCAGCAUCACAGCUCCUCCGACUCGUCGUCUCUGGCCCCUCUGGUGGAGCAGGAGGGCGAAGCCUACCUGGAGAAGGUCGGAGGCGUGCGGCGCCACACGGUGGCCAACGCACACUCAGACGUGCGGCUGCUGUCGGCCUCAGGCAGGAUACACGCCGGAACAGGCAGGAACAACGGGGUGGGGGGUGGGGCCGGUGGUGUGAGGUUUUUGGUAGGGGGCGGGCCGAUGAGUCCCAGGCCCUUCUCCAGCCAACCAGACAUGGUGGAGUCUCCGAGGGGCGGAGUUAUCUGCCUUCCUGACAGCUAACGGACCAAUCACAGCCAGACAUUAUAUGAAUGGAAAGACAAAGGAUUGGGAAGAAACCACGGAGCAGGAAACAGGAAGGAGGAACUUGUUGUGUCGCUCCUCUGAAACUGAUCCAGGGUCAGACUCUCGACCUGUUUUACAAACCUCUGAAUAAUAAAGAUCAUGAAUUAAA